CGACGACAAGCCCGAACUCGCCAUACAGUCACGCCCACAAUAUCCAUCAUCACGACCACAAAUUCAUCGAGAAAUUCACAAAACGCACAUGCGACGUGAAUUACUCACCAGCGAAUACGACGCAUCACUCGGAAUGAAUAUUGCGAUCCGAACGCGACCUCACUGAUGCUCGACAACCCCCACGCUCCGUCGCAUCGACUGAGAAAAUUCUCUGCAGGCUUUGCGCCCGCGGCCUGCUUGAUUACUAAGCUGGGCAGGCUUCGGCCAUGUCCACGCGGAAUGCACGACAUGUCAGGCAACGGAAGCUCAACACGAAGCAGCCGCUGCGCAUAAUCCGCGAGAAUGAAAUCGAAGAGACUCUCGAAGAUGAAGCGCAGCGGCUCAUUCCCCAAUUCGACACGGGUGUCGAGAAGGGCGAGGAAGUGGAAGUCCAUCUCCAAGCCGUCAUCAACGCUGCCAACGCGAGUGUGUCAGGUUUGAAGACGAAGCAGAGUUUCAUCCCGACACCCGAUGCGACCAAAGCGAGAGACGUCAAAUAUGACGAGCUGUACCCCAAAGGUUUCGCUUCGCCAUACUCGUACAUUCGAUUCAGUUCGACGGUCGAGGACAGCAUUGGCACGGCGUAUUGCAUGAAUGAAGAGGACGAGGCGUUCCUCUCCCAGCUCAACGACGGCAAGGACGUCAAUGGGCAGCCGCUCAAGGAGAAGUCCAACCAGUGUUCCGAGGAUGUCUUCGAAGAGGUCAUCGAAUCGUUCGAGGAGACCAGCCAACGACUGCAACCGUUUGCCAAUGUCGACGCUAAUGUGCCGAUACUGACGCUUGAUGAGAUCGAGCAAGCGCGCGAGACACCUCUCACGCCAGAAGCGCAGAGGUUUCAGCGUCCGAUAUACCAGUAUUGGGCUGUAAGGAAGAGGAACCGUGCCCUCAUGCCGACCAUCAAAGUCCGCGUGCUGGACACCACAUCCGAAGCCGAUGACGCAGAUCCGUAUGUAUGCUUCCGACGUCGCGAGGUCCGUCAAACCCGCAAGACCAGAGGUCGAGAUGCGCAAGUGGUGGAGAAGCUGAAGAAACUCCGCAUCGAGCUGGAGCAAGCGCGGCAAUUGGUCGACCUGGUCCGAAGUCGGGAGGAAUUAAACAAGCAGAAUCUUGAAAUCAGUCGGAAAGUGUUUGAGGAGCGUCGUAAACUCAAAGAGGUCAAAGUUACGAAGAACAUCGUUGGCGAAAAGGGAGAGGACGAAGAGCUGCUCGUCAACACAAAGCCCACUGCCAAGACCAAGGGUCGAGGAGAUGGCAGCUCGCAGCGUCCAGCGACCAUCCGGCUUCGUUCGGUGGGUGAGAGAUCUGCUCCGGAGAACGACCUUAUCUCGCUGGCGGACCUGCAAGCCGAGGCGGAGGCGCAGGUCAACCAGACCAUUGAGAACCGGAAAUUCCAGCACCGGCGAUGGAAUAGUCAAUGGCAUGACGGGACGUGGGGUCCUCUCACUCCGCCGGCUGACCCUGCGGACAAACGACCGAAGUGGAGUCCGCUCUUCCCGGACAGCUUCGGCUAUCCAUCACCACCUCCCUCCCUGCCUUCACCGACCUCGCAAGAUCGAGACGGCGACACCGAAAUGGCCAACUCAAAGCCGCAAGGAGAAGCAGACUCCGAAGCAGAGGCACAAUUUCGCUUCACCUUCUCCGUGCCGCCUCCCUCAUCCAUGGAGACAUAUUUUGGCGAACCCAGCCUGUUCGGUAAGGAUCUCGUCAACCCAUCUUGCCGUCUGCGGUACGGACGCGGCGGUCGUGUCCAUCUCGAAGCGCGAAGACCAAGACCUCGGGGCGCGCUGAGUAGAGGCGUCGUUUCUGAUAGUGACAGUGACGACGAAAUGGAGGAGUACUAUCCCGUCUCGGAGGCAAAAACUUUCGAUUAUCGGUGUGCUCUUAACAGUCGCGCGCGGCCAGAGGGUGGGAGGCCUAGCGGAGAUCAGGCCGCAAUUAUGGCGGGCGCGCAACAGGCGGCGGCGGCGCAGCAAAGUGGCGCAGGAGGUUCGAGUUGAUGCAGAGCGGGUUGUUCGACUGUCUUUUGUGGAUGGUUUGUUUGGGAAGGACGUCAUUGGUGUCUUGGUUGAUGCCAGCCAGCUUGUUGUUAAGAGUAGCAGAGUCGCAGUGAUACCCUGAAUUGAAGGCUUGUACUUUUAACGCUGCCCUCUCACUUCUUCCCUGGAUUCCGGAUGGCGGCUGCUUCGUCCUCCAGAGUAUUGGCAGAUCGCUUCUUCCCAAGCGCAGCGUCAGAAACUGCACUGACAGCUUCUUGCAGGAUCGCUUUCUCGCCAUCGAUGACUUGCAAAGCCAUCGCUCGUCGCCGUCCUUCAGCGCCAGCCUCGUCGACCUCCAUCUCAUCCGGAUCAGGCCGAUACAUCGCAUACCGAUAUACCAGCACCGUCCGCAACAGCUUCUUCGCGUCGUUCGACAAUUCCGGUUUAGGCAGCUUAUCCUUCUUCUUCAGCUUUUCAAACUCGACUU